AUUAUCUAAUUUACUGACCAUCUUUCAUGGCCCAAUGAAUUUAAAACACCUAGCAUUGUAACUCUCUUCUUGUAUUUUUCUAUCUCUGUAACCAAACAUAUUUUGUGCCUGAGACCAAACACGUCUCUUCUUCUCCAUCUUCUUUCCUUGCCCAGCCCAAUCGUUCUCCUUCUCCGGCGACCAUCUCCAUGCCUAUCAGGAUCACGAGUGUACUAAUUGGGUCACAAGUGUACCCACCGGGUAUAAUACUUAUUGGGCCACUUAUAAGAGUGAGUAAACAAUACUUGGGACCUGACCUAUCAGGACCGCAAGUGUACUGACCACUGACAUGGUCCAAUAAUAUAAAGAUAUCUGUAAUUUUAAAACACCACUAUUCUAGUAACCAAACACCAUUUAAGUCCAUAACCAAACACCAUCCUAAACUCAUAUCAUAACCCAUAACCAACCUCCAGAUUUCCUCCUCAGUCGUCGUCGACCGAUACCCCACCUUUUCACCGCCUUCCCUUCCCAGCAUCUCUCUCUCAUCAAAGUCUGCAAUUCUUUUGAACUUCAAAGUUCCAAACCGCUUGUCUUCCUUCCACAACCUCCAAUUUCGCGGAUUUCCAUAACCCAAUUUUACCGAGCUCAGAUCUGGACGCCGGCGAGGGAUUGAAACUGACGUCGCCGGAGAAAAGAGGGAUUGGGAGUGGUCGGGAAUGAGAGUAGGUCGCCGGAGAAGUAACGGAGUGCGGGGGUUGCUGGAGAAAGAAGGGUUGAGGAAGACGGCAGGGUGAUUGGUUACAAGAAUAAGCAAGUGUUUGAUUGAGUUUCACUUGACAGGUGGAAUAAUUUUAUUGGACCACAUAAGUCGCCACCUUGUCAGUAUUACCCUAGUUUUACUCGUCUCGUGGGUUUGUCUUUGUUUGGUUUGUCAUAAAUAAUGGGCUCCAAGCGGCCAAUUUAUAUCUGAAUUCGCCCCCUUCUUGCCAUAAGCCAAAAACCCUUGCUCCCAUUAAGCUUUUUUGCCCUCUUCCAUAAUUUUGAUACAUUUAUAUUCUCUUUUACCAUGUGUAGAGGAAGUCUCUUACUAGUUCCAUAUGGAGCCCUUCUUCUACUCUUUCUUCUUCCCUUUAUUUGUUCCCAAACAUCGAUACCUGAAAAUAAUUCUGAUUGUACUCUUUCUUGUGGCAAUAUUGGCAUAAGCUCUCCAUUUCGGUUAAAAGGAGACCCUCAACACUGCGGCAACCGUAAGUACGAGCUAGCUUGUGAGGAAAAUGUUACGGUCCUGUACUUGUAUAACCGAAAGUUUUACGCCAAGGCGAUCAAUUACAAUAACUUUACAAUCCGUCUUGUGGAUGCUGCUGUUCAAAAGAAAGAUAACUACCACUCCAUCCCGCAUUACUCCUUAACCUCAUCCAACUUUAGUGAUGGGGAUCCUUACAGCAAUUAUCGAUUCCGACUGAGGUGGAGUUCAAAUAUAAAGGUCAUAUGGAAAAGUUACACGACACUCCGACGUAUCCGGAGUUCAAAUAUAAAGGUCAUAAGGAAAAGUUACACGACACGGCCUAUAAUUUUUAUGGACUGUCCAAAACCAAUGCAUUCUCCUGGCCUUGUAGAAACAGCUCCAUGCGUCAAGGACGGCACCUACUCUUCCAAUUCUUCUUUGUCCAAUGGUUUAAGAAUGUUUUCUUAUUCCAUCCUUGGCUGGAAUCGCUCCAUAAGUUCAUUGGAUUUGGGGGAGUCCUGUGAAAUAACGCAGAUGCUUAUGGUCUCACCUUCGUUAUCCGUAGAAGACAUGCAUGAACACUUGACGUCCUGUGAAGGCAUAUAUAGUGAAAUAGCGCAUGGCUUCGAGCUUUCAUGGUUUCACCAGGCUUGUAGCACCUCAAUCUGCAAAGGGUAUAUGUGUGUGCUCAACAACCUGAGCGAAAUUGAGUGCCUUCGCUACGAAGAACAUUGGUACAACAAGAUCUUAAAGCCCAUAGGCAAGUGGUUUACUCUCUAA